AUGACAGACUACUCCAUCAGCUCCCAGCGGCCCGACCGCACCACCUACGGCUUGCCCAAGCCCAAAGCGGCCUAUUUUCCCCAACCAGGAUCCAAAAUCUACGCCGACAAGGACCUCUACAACCGCAUUGCAAAAGCCAAAAAGACAAAAGUCGAAUCCCACUUGUGUGCGCGACGCCUGGGUAUCGCCGUCAGGGUUCCGGCAAAACUGGUCAUUCGCUUGACAACGCCAGAAGGCCCCCAGGUGUGUGACUUGAACAUCUGGAACUACCACAACCCAAGAGAGCGUUUCUGGGCUGCUAGAACCAGACAGCUCCACCUGGCCCAUGUUUCCGUGCACGACCGGUUGUGGUCGAUUUUGCCCUUUUUACGGCGCCUUGUGACCAUCACAGCCGACACUUUGGGAGGUCGUCACGACGAAUGGGGUGGACGGGUUCACGAUACCUUGGGUACCAGGUGUGAUCCGUACGUGGACAAGUUGAUUUCUGGCGAGGAUAACGAUUUCCACUGCCACUCGAACUUGACCCGAGCGGUGUUGCCGUAUGGACUCACGGAGUUUGACGUUCACGACGUUUUGAACGUUUUCCAGGUGACUGGUUUGACCGAGCAGGACCAGUAUUUCAUGGAAACCUGCCCUGCGCUGAAGGAGGACUACUUCGAGAUGUUUGCCGAGCAGGAGUUGCUUGUGGCGAUUUCGGCAUGUCCUGGCGGGGAUUUGAGCAAUUGGGACUGGGGUGAAACGGAGGGUGGAGACACGAAAAUGGUGGACAACUGCAGACCGUUGGGAUUGGAGAUUUACAAGUUGGACGACGAGGAGGAGGUAUUGAAGGGGUGGCAGGAGCCCGAGUAUGCGCCCUACAAGGGUCGUCACGGCUUCAACCAGCCUGUCUACCAGGCGUAG